AUGAAAGAUAUAAAAGAUAAAAUUCAAAGUACUAUUAUUAUUUUAAUAAAAUUAAUAUUUUUAUAUAUUCCUAAAGAUAUUUUACGUUAUUUAUCAUUAAAACAAAAAGAUGUUACUUCAAAUAUUAUUGUUAUUACUGGUGGAGGUAGUGGAAUUGGAAAAAGAGUAGCUGAAAUUUUAGCUUUAGAAAAAGGUGCUUACGUAAUGAUACUUGAUAUAGAUAAGGUUAAUGGUAAAAAGACCGAAAAAGAGAUAAAUGAUAAGAAAGGUCAUGCAAAAUUUUAUUAUUGUGAUGUGAGAGAUAGUAUUAAACUUAAUAUUAUUGCUAAUAAUAUUGAAAAAGAAUAUGGUAAAGUUGAUAUUAUUAUUUGUAAUGCUGCAAUUCUUUAUUUUGCUCUUCAACAUCAAUUAACAGAUGAACAAAUAAAACAGGCAUUUGAUGUUAAUGUUCAUGGAACUUUAAAUACAAUUCGUGCAUUUCUUCCUUCUAUGGAAAAAAGAAAUGAAGGACAAAUUGUAACAAUAUGUUCUAUUACAGGUUGGGUUGGGGAAUCAUAUGGUAUGGCAUAUUGUCCAACAAAAUUUGCCAUACGUGGGAUAAUGGAAACAUUACAAAUGGAAUUUGACGAUAGAAAUAUUGAUGGUGUCAAAACGACAACCAUAUAUCCUUACUUUGUAAGAACACCAAUGAUAUUAAAUAAAGGAAUACGUCCAACAUCACGAUGGAUUCCUUUUAUGUCAGUGAAUCGUUGUUCUAGAAAUGUUAUUGAUGCAAUAUUAAAAGAAAAAGUACAUGCAUUUGUACCUAAUUAUUUAUCAAUUAUCACAUUUGUAAAUAGUCUCCUUGGUAGACAUACCCGUCGUCUGAUGCGUAAUUAUCUUAAUUGCAAAUACACUCCAGCUCCAGAGUCUUCAUUUACUAUAAUAGAUAAAGACUGUAACGAAAUACUUUCAGAAGAAAAAUCACCUAAAAUGCCUUCUAAAAAGGAAAUUUUUUAUUUUAAAAGUCCUUCUACUAUUUGGUGGAUAAUUAUUCCAACUGCACUUAUUUUUAAUUUUAUUGUUUAUAAGAAUGUAACAUUACUUCCACUUAAUUAUAUGGGUCAAGUUGGAACAUUUCUCUCAAGAUUUGAAAAUGAAUUAAAUUAUAUUGCUGAGUAUACAAAUAUUUUUGCUGUUGUAGCUCAUUUAGGAGAAGCAUUAUACUCAAUGCAUUUAUGUUCAUCACUUAAAAUAUCAACAGAUGCCUCUGUUAUGUGGUUUUUCCAAACACUUUUACUUGGUUUUCCAUCACUCUCUAUCUUGAUGCGUAAGAAACAUAAGCAACCAAAACACAAAAAAAGAGGAGAUUAG